AUGAGGCCGACGUCGGUGGUGCUCAUGGCGGCCGUCGCCAUGGCGCAGGACAUCGACUACAAGGCGGAGCGAGGGGCAAUGUUGCCGGGCGUCAGCCCCGAGAACGUGACGCGGCCAACGUUCACGACCAAGUGCGACGCGUGCAACUUCACCGCGUUCCGCAAGCCGACGUGGCGGACCAACGUCGACGACAGCACGUGCAUCUGGCACCCCGACGGCUCAUGCGUUAUUGGCGUCAACCUCAACGAGAACGAUAUUCCGAUGAGCGACUGGCCCGGCGGCCCCAAUGCCAACGACAGGAAGAGCACGCAGUUCCUCAUGGGCACGGGCGUCGAAGUAAGUUAUGUCGAGGGCCUCUCGAGCGUCGUCUCGUACAUCACACUCUUCCGCCUCGGCAUCGAGACGCUGGCGCUCGACCUCACGUCCAACAAGCGGUCGAUCCCCAACAAUCGCGCGGUCGAAGCGACGCAGCUCAACUUCUCCGACAACCACAUUCGGUCCAUCGACGGCGUCAUGACGUCGGACCAGACGUUCAACUUUUUCGUCGACCGCAACUGGAUCGAGAGCGUCGGUGACAUCUCGACGAUGAAGGAGCUUCGCAUACUCAACCUCAACGCCAACCGCAUCGCCUCGAUCGAGCAUACCGUGUGGCCCAUGAAGCUCGAGACGCUGUACCUCGAGAGCAACAAGCUCACCAGUCUCCCCAAGGCGAUGGCCACCAACUUACGGCGACUCGUGACGCUCUCGCUCCAAAACAACACGAUCGCGUCCCUCGACGGCGUCUCGUUUGGCGAGAGCCUCGCGAUUCUCAAUCUCAAGGCGAAUGCGCUCCACAGCCUCAACAACGUCAUGCUGCCACUCAGCCUCAUCAGCCUCAACCUCGCCGACAACAACCUCACGUGGGUCAACGCGUCCAUCUUGCCCCAUUCGCUCAUGAGCUUGUGUCUCAAGGGCAACCCUUCCGUGCGCUUCUCGGGCUCGGCCGCCGACUUGAAGGCACUGCAAAACCUCACCCACGCCGACCCUAUGUGCAACGACGUCUCGGCCGUCUCGGCGCCGUCCGGUUCGUGCCCCGAAGUCGGUGCGACGGCGGCGAAGCUCUGGGACCGGUACCUCUUUUGCGUCGUGCCACUGGCGUCGGCCGAGGUCCACAACGCGACGAGCGUUCUCACGAUCGCGCUCGGCAUUUUCUGCGCACUUGCGCUGCUUGUGGGCGGCGGCGUCUUUUACGAGAUGCGCCGCCGGCGCCACCAGUACGAGGCCGAGCACCGGUCGUGGCUGCACUCGUCGUCGCCGACGUUCCCGUCGCUCAUUGCCGACAGUGCGCACCUUAUCAACGACCUCCGGUUUGAUCCCGCGUACCAGCGGUACCGCAUCCCCGCCGACUCGAUCGUGCGCGACCGCGUCUUGGCCCGCGGUGGUUUUGGCGUCGUGUACCUUGCGACGCUCAAGACAGAGAAGGGGCGCGAGCAGCUGGUCGCUGUCAAGCGCAUGCUGCCGGAGCGGCUGCGGAGCCUCCGGUCGAUCGAGGAUUUCAUGGAGGAGAUCCGGUUCUGCAUCCGUCUCCAGCACCCGCACAUUGUCGAGUUCAUCGGGUACUGCUGGACGACGCUGCCGAACCUGAGUGUCGUGACCGAGUACAUGAGCGAGGGCGACUUGUGGACGCUCCUCGACACGGACCACGACGCCCAGCGCAUCCCAUGGCACGCGCAGCACGAGAAGGACACGGUGAUGCUGGCCCCCGCGCUCUCCAAGCUCGGUGUGCUUGUCGACAUUCUCAAGGCGCUCGUGUACCUCCACGCGCAAGACGUCAUCCACCGCGAUCUCAAGGCCAAGAACGUCAUGCUCAACGAGAACUUUGUCGCCAAAGUCACCGACUUUGGCACGUCGCGCGAGACGUCGGAAGAAACCAUGACGUCCGAGAUCGGGACCGUGGCGUGGAUCGCGCCCGAGGUGCUCAAGGGCGUCCGGUACACGGAGAAGGCCGACAUGUACUCGCUCGGCGUGCUCAUCUCGGAGAUGGACAUGAUGGAGAUCCCGUACUCCAACAUCCACCGGCUCCUCCCAGAGUCGUGCCUCGGCGUCGAGCUCGCCAAGACGCGCAUCGCGAUGCUCGUUGUGGCCGGCGAACUCCGGCCCGUCUUCUCGACCGACUGCCCAGCGCCGAUCUUGAAUGUCGCGCGACGGUGCCUCGCCUAUUUACCCGAAGACCGACCGACCGCCCGCGAUGUCCUCUCGUGGCUCAGCCCCCAUCUGCCCCCGAUUUCUAACACUGGAAGUUGA